AUGAUUUGCUGUGGAAGUAAUGAAAAUGAUUUAGAAUUAAUUAAUUGUAGUGACAAUGACUAUUUAAAAUUAGAUGGUCACUUGGAUAUUUUUAAUUCAAUAAAGACGGGUAAGUUUGAUGCUAAAAAGAAAAAUUUGAUCAAAUCAAUACAAAAUUUCCAUAUUAGUAAUCAUACACUUUUCUUUAAAAAUAAAAAAUGUUCUAUUAACAAUCAACAUGUUAAAUUUAAAAUGGAAACUGGAAAACUUAGUUAA